AUGGAGAACACUGGAGAUCAACCAGCCAUGGGCGUGGGCCAUCUGGAGCCAGACACCAGCAGCGAUGACUUUGCCGAAGAUGACAUGUCCCUCUUCUCAUCGACGGCUUCUCUAAGAUCUUCUAUUCUGAGGAGCAUAGAGGAGAACGGUCGCAAAUACCACGGUUACAAGGACGGAAAAUAUGUUCUUCCAGACGACGAGCAAGAACUCGACAGGCAAAUAUUCCAAUAUGACUUAUGUCUGCUAACAUUCGACCACAAUUUAUCAUUCGCACCCUUCACCAAGUUGAAUAGGGUCUUAGACGUCGGUUGCGGCGUCGGCUAUUGGGCAUUAGAUUUUGCCGAGAUGCAUCCGGAGGCUCAGCCACCCAACGUACAAUUUGAGAUCGAUGACUUGGAGGAGUCGUGGAACUUCAGCUACCCUUUCGACUACAUACAUGCCUUGAUGAUGACCGGCGCAUUCCGAGAUUGGCCAAACUUCUACCGACAGGCUUUCGAAAAUCUUACCGCCAAUGGCUGGGUAGAGAACCAAGACAUUCACUUCCCAUUGUUUUGCGACGACGACACCAUGCGUCCGGACGGAGCUAUUAAGCGGUGGAGCGAUCUGAUGGUAGAAGCUGGAGAGAAGUCCGGCUUCAAUCUCUCCGUAUGCGGGCGCGCUGGCGACAUGAUGCACGAGGCGGGCUUCGUUGAUAUUGUGCGUAUUCCGUACAAGUGGCCUAUUAACGAGUGGCCGCGAGAGCCCAAGUGGAAGGAGGUGGGGCGCAGGACGGCCAUCAACUUCAGUGAGGGCAUGUCGGCGAUCAUGAUGGCUCUUUUCACGCGUUUUAUGGGCUGGACCAAAGAGCAGGUUGAGGAGUUCAGUGCCCAGGUGGACAAGGAGUGGCAGGACACAAGGGUGCAUGCGUACUUCUGUAUAUGGGUCACUUACGGGAGGAAACCGUGA